GCACCCACACUCACAAAAUUAAACUACAAAAAAAUUAAACCCCACAAAUUAAUUUCACUUUCAUUCAUCAAACAAUAUUUUUUUACAUCAAUGGGGAACUGCAAUUGUUCUAUGAAAGCAGUAACAGAUUCAAGAAAAUCAGAUUUAAAUUUUGCUCGUGUUAUGACAGAUUCAGGUGAAAUUUUAAACCUUAAAGGUCCCAAAUUAGUUCGACAAGUCCUAAAUGAAUUCCCAGGUUACAAUAUUUUCAGUUCAAAUCGUUUGUCUUCACCAUUACAUGAUCAAGAAUUGCUUCUUGAUGGACAAUUUUACUAUCUUCUCCCUGUAAUUGAAAAAGAAAAAGAGCCCAUUUUAGAAGAAGAAAAAAUAGAGCCAAUUCGAGUUUCGUCAAGCUUGACGAAAGGGUCAGCUAUGGAAGUUUUGCCGGCUCAACGAGAAGGUGUUUGGAGAGUGAAGCUAAUUAUCAAUCCCCAACAACUCGAGGAAAUCUUUUCAGAGGAAGGGAAUACAGAGGCCUUAAUUGAGCAAAUGAGAAUAGCUGCAAAUACAAGUUCAACUACAAAGCACAAAAGGAGUACCUCUUGUGGAGUAAAUUGGAAAUCUACUCUUCCUAGUGUAUUUAAACUGCCCAAUGACAAGCAAAAUAAAAUACUUGCAUUGGACCAGUCUUCCACCAACAGCCCUAGAUGAUGGUGUGGACCACACGAGGCUCGAAUCUGAAUUAGCAAUAAAUGAAUUUCGAGUACCGACAUGAAGGAAAGUGGAGUAGGAAAAAAAUGGAAGUGUCAUCAUAGAAGGUAGAUUAGAUUCAACUAUGUAUAAGAUUAUAAUUAAGAUAUUUGCUAAAGUAUUUAGUACCAUAGAGACCCUUUAAUUAGUAGAACUACUUAUAGUUAAUAUUUGAUCUCAUUAAUCAUUUGGCACAACAAUAUCGCGGACGUGAUUUUCA